AUGUUGAAGCCCCAUCUGAACUCGGCUCAGUUUGACGCGCUGGCGGCUUUGAUUACUGGUUGCCCACGGCUUCGUAGAUUGGGAAUAACUGUUGACCCAAAUGUGCUCGGUGUGACGCUAAAGAUUGCUGCACCUCACCUUCGCCACUUGUUCAUUAAGACACGUUCCAUUCAUUUGAUGGUGGAGUUUCAGAGUCUGCUUCCCGAUCUUGCUCGUGCCCAGCUUCGAUUGCCGUUUUUCCUCUAUGUCCAGGAAGGGGGGUCGAAGCUUCUGCAUAUUUUACAGAGCAUUUCACAGGUGGAGAAGCUGGAGUUCUUUGAUCGUAAUCCCUUGGUUGAUUUUCAAGCUAUGGUGCCAUUCAAAAUCCAAACUAAAUUUGAGAACUUGCAAUAUUUAACAACAGAUGCUGAUCUGGGUGAUGCAGCACAUUUUGUUUUCAUUUUUGAGUUCUUAAGAUGUUGUCCAAACCUAAGGGGGCUUAAGAUUAAGUUCCCUGUUUCAAGGCAUGGUUUUCAUCAUCAUUUCGAAGAAACCCAAGAAUUUUGGAAUGCACAUGGGUAUGGAGAUUUGUUUCGGUGCCUGCGCAUUAUGGAAUUGAUCGAUGUGUACCUGCCAUACAAUGAGCUGCAAUUCAUAAAGUUGGUUUUAUCAAAAGCUCAAGUGCUAGAAAACUUCACUAUUGUUCACCGCGCUGAGAAUGAAAGUUCCAGCUUGGAAGCUUGCAUUGAAAUUCUGAAGUUUAAGAGAGUAUCACAAGGAGCUCAAAUUAAGUACAAUGUUGCAUCGGCACAUUAA